AUGGAACCAAGCCCCAGUCCUUGGAACACAAACCCUGAAAUCGAAGGACUCGCGGUCUGGCUUACAGUGGGCUUGCGUUGCUAUGACAAACUUGCCUCAAGAUCUUAUAAGGCGGUUGGAGAGCCUAAGGAUGGCAGUUGGCAGGCCAUUGCAGAUCUCAUGAAUGCAGUGAAGGAAUGCGGUGACUGGCCCGGAAACAUACCCAGAUUUACCGAUGAAAUGCUGGCUUCCAUUUUUGACGAACCUUCUGAGGAUAACGAGGACAGCGAGGAAAUCGAGGACAUCGAGGACAUCCAGGACAGCGAGGACAGCGAGGACAUCCAGGACAGCGAGGACAUCGAGGAAAGCGAGGACAUUCAGGACAGCGAGGAUAUCGGGGACAUCGAAAAGAUUCGCGGCGCCCUUCACCAUUCGUUAUAUAUAAACGAAGAUUUGCCAAAGCGUCCAGCUCUUCUUCCAAGAACAAUCCUGCAACAGCCGCCAUACGAUCGCGGCGUGUUUUCAGUUGAAAUGAUAAAAAAUGCCACUUUGGAAGUGAACAAAAUCAAUGAAUCGAAACCACACGACUGGCCGAACACUUGUAAACACUUUGGGGACUCGCAACACAAGGCAUACAAUGGACUGUGGAGACCAGAGGCAAAAUUGUAUGAAGACCCAGAAAGUAGGAUAUGGUACGAUCCAGCCAACGCCAAAUUUGCCCAAGGUGGAGAUGACAACAGGCCACCCGGCCCAGGCGUCCUUUGGUUCAAAAAUCCGGAUAUGACGAACUUCCCUAUAAUGAUACAGGCUCCACUAUUUCGCCUUUCAUUCACCCGGCCAGGAAAAUGGUACUAG